AUGUUCUUUAGGCUUAGAUUACAAGGAUCUGGUGCACUCGUGGAGGCAACUCGUUCUGACGCUACUCACAUUGUUCAUUUUCUGCAUGAUCGAGGGGCCCUUGAUACCGAUAAUCGAGCCUUGAGAUUAGCAGCGAAGAACAAUAAUUUGAAACUCGUACGGGUAUUCUUGACGCGCCUCGUUUUCCCCGAUCCGGAGUACAAAGUGAAUAAAAAGAACAUUGAUGUUGGACAGAUCCAUGUGGGGCAAAAUCUUUUGCCUUCUUCGUUAUGUCCUUCACGACCUGCGAUGCUUAAUUGGGGUUCCGCUUCAUUGGAAACGUUACAGUCGGACUGGUUCAUAGCCGCCGCUCUUCAAGUUAAUCCUCGUCUUCGUACAACGAGGCUAUCCUUGGCUGCUAUAACACGGGUGGAUCUUUCGUGUAAUCGACUUCAGAGUUUUCCAUCAGUUCUAUUACAAAUGUCGUCUCUUCGAUCUCUCAAUCUUGCCGAAAAUCUUAUUUCUGUGAUAGACACGCCUGGUUUUUAUGUGACGUCAACGUCGAUUGAAACUGUAAUUCUGAAACAAAACCGGCUAAAAUUUAUUUCGCCUCAAUUUCUAUCUUCAUUGCCUCAACUAGCAAUACUCGAUAUUUCUCAUAAUUGUCUCACUCAGUUGCCAGAAUUUAUUUGGUUGUGUCCUUCACUCAAAGAACUCAAUGUUUCUUCUAAUUAUCUUUCCUCCCUUCCUAUGGUAGACACUGCAACACGAACAGGUCGAACAUCUCGUAGGAUUCAACAAGCUCUCACACCCACCAUCACUUUGAAUGACCCUAUAGAAGACCCUGAAAAUGUCACUACAAAACAGUUAAUUCGCCAAAAUAUAUGGCAGUUUGAAAUCAAUCUGUCUAAGGUUAUCGACGAAAGCUUCUCAACCCAUUUCCCUUUGACUUCCUCUAGUACUCUUAUAACAUUGAAUCUUUCUGCAAACAAGUUCCAGUUAUUUCCGUUUUGUCUCGCUUGUACCUGCCCACGCUUGUUGUACCUAAAUAUUAGUUUAAAUCAGCUGACAUCUCUUCCACCAAUUCAAUGCAUUCCUGCGCAUAUUAGGAGCCUUGACUUUUCUGGAAAUUUGAUAAGGGAAUCAUUCCAACGACCCACCUCACUGCACAUGGUUUGUCACGCUGUAGUGCCAUCGGUUGGUUCGAAUACAGUACCAGUUCGUCGCCCUAAUAGCCCGAUCAGAUACAAUCGCAGCCGAUCCAAAUCAGCCGUACGAUCACAACGUUCUCUUUCCGUCUCGCGACAUCAGCCUAUUGGUAUUCGACUAGAGGAGGCAUGUGAUCACAAACGACAUGACACUUUGGAGUGGCUGAAGACGUUGAAUAUCAGUUCAAAUCAAUUGGAAUCUGUUCCUGUCUGUGUCAAGAACAAAGUACUGUUCCGAGGUCUGACUGUUUUGGAUGCUAGUUGUAACUUAUUGAAAUCUAUCAGUGCUGAUAUUGCCCGUCUCACAAGCUUGUCAGUUCUGAAUCUAGCAAAGAACAAGCGGAUUCAAAUGCUACCUCCUGAACUUGGAAUGCUGUCAAAAUCGAAGACUUACCAUCAACUUCGACUUCUGAUUCUGGGAGGCGAUGGCGUUGGAAAAAGUCAAUUAUGGGAAAGUCUACGUUCAGAGGCGGUUCAAAGGAAGUCUGUGUUACAGGUAUCUAGAGAGAGCAUUCGCGUCGCCGAGUGGCAAUUCGAGGCAAAAAAGCAAAGGGGAGAGGCUGCACUUGGUCCAGUUAUGUAUUCAUCUUGGGACUUUACAGGACAAAGAGAGUAUCAUUCAACUCAUCAUUAUUUUCUGACCCGUCGGGCGCUCUAUAUUGUUGUUUGGAGAGUAACGGAUGGAGAUAUUGUUUUUUACGAUGUUCAGCGAUGGCUUAUUAACAUUCAGGCCAGAGCUCCAAAUGCUUGUGUUAUUUUGGUAGGUACUCAUGUCGAUCAAAUAUCUUCAAAUCCAACGAAAUUCCCAAAGAACUUUAUUGAGGAAGUUGAGAACAAAAUUCGAUCGCGUUUUAUGGUGGUCGAUGCCGAUAAGUACGGUCUUCCUCGUGUAGUGGAUCUCCUUCUAAUUAACAGUAAGGCGAGGAAUGAUAUAAAGUAUUUGUUGAAUGUGAUUUACAACUCAUCUUGGGAAGUUAGGAUAGGGAAAGAUCGUGCUCUUGACCAACAAGUUCCAUCUGCCUACGUUGCUAUGAUAAAGGUAAUUCGCGAGUUGCACGUGGAAUUGCGACGAGACUCAACUUCGGCUAUUAUGACUUCUGAACAAUUCCGUGAGCGUACGCAACAACGAAUGAGUGCAAGAUUUGGACGCUCUUUCAGGGACGAUAUAGAGUUUCGUGGUGCUUGUGCAUUUCUCCAUGAUAGUGGCGAAAUCGUUCACUUUGUUGAUGCCUCAUUGAGGGAACUCAUCUUUGUAGAUCCACUAUGGCUUGCUGAUUAUCUGGCAGCUGUUGUGGCAUUGAGGUCCCCUCAUAAAGCAGCGGGUAUCUUAUCUCAAGAUGCCUUGGUACCCCAGUUGAAGAAAUUUCGCUGUAUAGACGCCGGUCCACCACUUCGUGGUGCUCUGCUUGACCUUCUGCAAAAGUGCGAGCUGGCAUUGCCAUGUGUGGGUCGUCGAUUUCUGAUAUCUGCGAAGGUUUCUUCGUGGACAGUUCAAUCAAACAAACCGGCAGCCACUUCACGUCACUCAGUUACUCGUUCAAUGGGGAUGUGGCAAAGGUCCGUCGAACACCCUUCGUCAUCUCCGAAGAAGUACACUAAUGACACAAGUGGGACGGUAUUCUUGUUCUCCUUCCAACCAGAAAGGCAACUUCGUCGUGUCUAUGCCAUGUCUUAUAUUCCAGCGGGUUUCUGGAGUCGGCUGGUUACGAGAAUUAUUGGUGAUGAGAAUGUUAUGUGGGCUGUGGAAUGCUUGUUUACAACGAGUGAGUGCGAUAAUUUUGAACGUUUACAACAGACUUGCAACAGUCAUUUAAAAGCUGAGUGGAUUGUUUGGCAAACCGGAAUAGAGACGGAAAUUCGUGAUUUGGACUACGCACAUCUAAAUAUUCGUACACGAGAUGAGCAGAAGAGAUGGCGAACUUUCCCAAUUGAGCAGUAUGCUGUUAUCGAAACGCUUUUUCCUGCUCUGAGCAUCAGCAUUUUGGAUGGUACUUCUAAGACAGUUAUGUCGACUGAAGGUGAGGGUUCGACUAGACUGCUCGCAUUAGUGACCGAUCUUAUGGACACAUUGCUCGAAGAUUGGUAUCCAGCGCUAGGUACUCGAUUUGUGCACUCAUCGGAAGGUGAUUUACUGGUAAACCGUUUUGUGCCUUGCCCUAAAUGUGCUUAUGAGGCCACUGCAGAAAUCCAACCAGCAAAUGGUGACUCUAAAACCACUUGGAGUAAGGAUACUGCAGGAGGGUGUGACGGACCAAGCGAUGUCUUAAAAGUUGCGCAUCCCUCAAAAGAAACAUCUGGUGAUGUCUCGAUUUCAAAUGAAAUCAAUUGUUUUUCUGCCGAGGAAUGCAUGUUGGCAGGUCGGAUUUCCAAAUUUUCUUAUCGCCAGUUUUUCCGUUGCCAAAAGAAUGGAGCGUCUAUUUCUACUGAAUUCGGCGAGGUUUUUGUAGACAUUGAGUCAUCGCUCAUCAUAUCGUCUAAUCAAAUAAAACGUGGUCGCUUGCUAGGAAGAGGUGCUUUUGGAUUUGUUUUCAGAGCAACUGUUAAACUACCAAGUGGUGAGUUAUGUGAAGUCGCUCAAAAAAUGUUAGAACCAGUUGAUCCGGGACCAGGUGCUAGACCAACGGCGUUGGCAGCCUACAAGGCUGCUGCUGACAAAUGGCGUCGUGAUUCGCUGGAAUUUGCUUCACGAGCUUACUGUACUUCACGUCAAGAGCUGAAUCUUCUUAGCCGUUUGCAUCAUCCGCAUAUAAUUUGUCUUAUUGGGGUUUGUAUCUCACCCUUGUCUCUAAUAGUGGAAUUGGCGCCACUUGGAGCGCUUAAUCAGUUGUUGGUCAGUCACCGAAAGAGUGGUGCUCGCCUAGGAUUAUCUGUUUUCCGAGAUUCAGCAGUACAAGUAGCAAAGGCGUUGGAGUACCUUCACACAUCUCACAUAAUUUAUCGGGAUUUGAAGAGUGAAAAUGUGCUUGCCUGGAGAUUUCCACCGCCGUUUAGCACUCAGUUGGAUGUAUUGCUUAAACUUGGAGACUAUGGUACAUUUUACAUUCUGCUGUCCAUUGCUUUCCCGGUCGUUUUCCGAAGUCUGGAAAACGGUCUAGUUUAUACAUCAUGGAUCGUAAACGAGAGCGUUCAUUUUCUAGGUAUCUCCCGUACAGUAAUGCCAUCAGGUGGAGCAAAGGGAUUUGGUGGCACAGAAGGGUUCAUGGCGCCAGAGAUAAUCAGAUUUAAUGGUGAGGAGGAGUACACACAUAAGGUUGACUGUUUUUCUUACGGUAUGUUUCUGUACGAGUUGAUCACACUGAAACAUCCAUUCGAAGGCGAGGAACAUGUGAAAGAACGUCUUUUGGAAGGUUCACGACCUGUAUUUCUACCACACGAGGUGUUAAUUCCAUCACCGAUAUUGGAUCUGGUGGUUCAUUGUUGGGAUUCAUUACCGGAUAACAGACCAUCUUCUUCUCAACUUGUUGGAUAUUGUUCUGCUCCCGAAUUUACACACAUCCUCGACGUUUGCGAAUAUGAGGAAUCUUUACCACCGUUCUGUGUCCUUUCGUACCACAUAGGUGAUGACAUGGAUGAUCCAGAUGAUUUUGAGGCCCUGCUGUGGCUAUGUGGUAAAAACACAACAGUAAUGAGUUGUACCCAAUAUGGAUGGCUGGAUCAGAAGGUGAUCGAAACUCCCUACCCUGCUAGAUUUAUAAGUCGAGUGCGUGAUAUGGUUUGGUUGUGUAGUGAGGAUGGUGAAGUAACGGUCUUCGCCUCAUCAUUGCACAAGCUUACCCGACUGCGGUUACCAUCUCUCAGUGCUUCUAUUAUUCGUGCUCCCGAACUAAUUGUGUCUGACAUAUUGUUGAUAGUAACGGAACGUCAGUUAAUUCUUCUUCGACUCAGCGAAUCAAAUUCAGUUGUACUACUAGCAACUUUGGACAGUCCCUUUUCGAUUAAAUGCGCAAUGGCUGUCAUCCAGACGAGCAGCAGACAAAUUUGGACAGGUCACUCGGAAGGGCGUAUAUCGAUUCAUCAUCUAAACAACGGAGAGUUCUCCUUUUCGUCUUCUUUCUAUUUGCCAGAAGACGAUGUAAUUAUUAGAGAUAUCAUAUCUAACAGAGAAGGGAACAAUGUUUGGGUGACGUACGAGGGAGGUUCACGUGUAUUCUGCUGGGAUGUGGAAAGGCGCCAGAUAUGUGCUUCACUUGAUAUUCGUAAAGUUAUGCCAGGCAGGAGUAGGAGCUCGAGGGGUAACUAUCAACCUCUUGCAAACUCUCGCAUAUCACAUCAUGAAUAUAGUUAUAACAUUUCAGUAGAUCUAAUGUUUCUAGGCAGCGAAACUAUUCAUACUCUCGAUGUGGAAUUGGCAGAAGGGAAUUUCGUUACUUGCAUAGCGCUUCUUGAGAAUUGCAAUAAUGCACAACUGUACGUGGGUACAAGCAAAGGACUACUGGUUGUGGCAAGUGCACUUUUGGUGAGUAUGCUACUAUUUGGAUUUCGUUCACAGGUCUUUACCGGUUUUACUUUGACAGUUUAUCUUAUCAUGCUUCUAAUUGCUAGAAUUCGACAUAUUUUCGGAUCAGUAUCAAGUGAUACUUUGCAUAAAACUGUUGAUGCGCCAUAA